AUGGAUGAGAAUUAUGGUUCAAGGCCACUACUAGGGAACCAGAACUAUGAUGAGAACUCUUUUAACUCGCUUAGAACCGGUUUCUUGUCCAAGCUUCCCGAUAAGGUCCGUUUUGGCCUCGACUCUGAGUUUCCCUUUGAGUUUGAUCAUCAUAUCUCCACUACCACCCACUUAAGCCAAGGAGAGAAAGAAUACUAUGAAAGGCAAUUUGCUACUCUAAAAUCAUUUGAGGAAGUUGACUCCAUAGUAACAUCAGCGCAGCCUGAUGUAGAAGACACUGAAAAACAAGGUCAACAUGAACGAGCAAUGAAGAUUUCUAAUUAUGCAAAUGCAACUUUAUUGGUAUUGAAGAUUUAUGUGACAAUAAGGAGUGGGUCAAUAGCUGUUGCAGCAUCAACAUUGGAUUCUCUGCUUGACUUCAUGGCUGGUGGCAUACUCUGGUUCACUCACCUUUCAAUGAAGGAUAUAAAUGUGUACAAAUACCCUAUUGGAAAGUUGAGAGUGCAGCCAGUAGGCAUAAUUAUCUUUGCGGCCGUCAUGGCAACACUUGGCCUUCAGGUAUUAAUCACGGCUGUAGAACAACUAAUAGAAAAUAAUCCUUCUGAGAAGAUGUCUUAUGAUCAACUAGUAUGGUUGUACUCUAUUAUGAUACUUGCAACUGUGGUGAAGCUUGCACUCUGGCUUUAUUGUAGAAGCUCAGGAAACAAAAUUGUCCGUGCCUAUGCCGAUGAUCACCACUUUGAUGUUGUAACAAAUGUAGUUGGAUUAGUGGCAGCUGUUCUUGGUGAUAAAUUUUACUGGUGGAUUGACCCAGUUGGUGCUAUUUUACUUGCAAUUUACACUAUUAUAAAUUGGUCUUGCACUGUGAUGGAAAAUGCAGUUGCACUAGUGGGACAAUCUGCACCACCUGAAGUUCUACAGAAGCUGACAUACCUUGUCAUAAUGCAUUCUCAAAUUAAGCGCAUUGACACUGUCCGCGCCUACACGUUUGGCGUUCUAUAUUUUGUGGAGGUUGACAUUGAGCUGCCAGAGGAUUUACCCUUAAAAGAAGCGCAUGCAAUCGGAGAGAGCCUACAGAUAAAGCUGGAGAAACUUCCAGAAGUUGAGAGGGCAUUUGUUCAUCUAGACUUUGAAUGUGAUCACAAACCAGAGCACUCGGUUCUUAGCAAACUACCAGACAGUUAG